GAAAUAAAUAAACGAUUUUAUAACAAUUGUUAUGAAUAUUUAUUAAUUAAUUAUUAUCCAUGUUUCAGCACUGUACAAAUACAAAUAUUAAACUAAAGCAAAGAACAUCGUUACUUUAUUAUUAUUUGUGUUCUGCUGCCUCUGCAAAUGCAAAACACUUGAGAUUCCUUUUGCUUGAGAAAACCCAGAGAUCUGAAUACAUUAUAUCGAUCUAGCUACAACAACUUCUCUCAACCCCUUUCAUUCCUUUCUCAUCAUCUGCUGCGCUUGAUUUAGAAUCAUGGCUUCAAAACUUGAAGGUGGAGCUUAUCUCUCUUCUUUUGUUGAUGCUGUUUCAAAGAAGUUGUCUUCAAUACUUGAAGAUGAUGACUUUGUCCUCCAAGGAAACCACUCUGCUCGGAAGUUGCUUGAAAAGCUGGAUGAUUAUCUGUGUGAUGUUGAACCUGUGCUUGAUGAUGCUGAGCUGAAGCAGUUCGGUAACGAUAGAGUGAAGAAGUGGCUUGUUGAUCUCCAAGAUGCUCUCUAUAUGGCUGAUGACUUUCUUGAUGAACUCUCCACUAAAGCUGCCACUGCCACUCCAAGGGAUCCAGGUAACUCUUCUCCCUGGUCUUACUCUGUUGAUUCAACUAUUGAAGAUAAUGGUGUCAAUGUCAUCGAAAAAAUAGUUGGCACACUAGAGUUUCUUGUAGGGCGAAAAGAUAAACUUGGUCUGAUAAAGAGUGCCAAGUUGGACACAUCAUGGAGAAUCCCAUCCACAUCUCUUGUUGUGAGUUCUGACAUAUUUGGUCGGGACCAAGACAAGGAGAACAUAAUCAAAUUGCUGUUAGAUGAUACCUGUGACGCCCAAUCACCUGUGACUGUGAUCCCCAUCGUGGGUAUGGGUGGAAUAGGAAAAACUACUUUGGCUCAACUGGUUUACAAUGAUAUCAAAGUCGUGGCAAAAUUUGAGACUAGAGCAUGGGUGUGUGUUGCUGAAAAUUCUGAUCCUGUUAAUGUUACAAGGACAAUAGCAGGGGCAAUAGAUUUUCCUCCCUGUAACAUGGAUAACUUUGAUUCACUUCAGACUGAUUUGAAAAUGAAGUUGACAGGUAAGACAUUUUUAGUUGUCUUAGAUGAUGUCUGGCAUGAUCAACGAGAAACAUGGGAGGAUUUUCUGAAACCUUUUCGAUAUGGGAGUAAUGGAAGUAAGAUUCUCCUUACAACCCGUAGUGAAAAGGUUGCUUCUGUGUUCGCAACUAACAAUCUACAUUAUCGACUAAGUUUAUUGUUGGAGGAAGAUUGUUGGUCGGUGUUUUUGAAGCAUUCAUCUAUUUCUACUAAUUCUAAACAAUAUACAACUCUAGAACCAAUUGGUAGAAAAAUUGUUGAAAAGUGUAAGGGGUUACCUUUGGCUGUGAAAACACUUGGAGGUUUAUUGCGCAAUAAGUAUUAUGAAGGGGACUGGGAAAAUAUACUUGAAAGUGAAAUUUGGGAACUCUCGGAAGAUGAUAGUAAGAUUGUUCCUGCAUUAAGAGUUAGUUAUCACUACCUCCCUUCACAUUUAAAGAGGUGUUUUGUUUAUUGCUCGUUAUAUCCUGAGGAUUAUGAAUUUGACAAAGAUGAAUUAAUUCUAUUAUGGAUGACAGAAGAUCUUUUACAAGCAAAGGGAAACAACAGAUUAGAAAAUAUUGGUUGUGCAUAUUUUGAUGAAUUAGUUGCAAGAUCAUUUUUUCAACCUUCUAGUACUAAUAAAAGGUUAUUUGUAAUGCAUGAUCUCAUACAUGAUCUAGCAAUAUUUAUUGCUGGGAAAUUCCAUUUCCACCUCAAUGAAUGGGAAAAUCUACACAUGAUAGACAGCAAAACUCGUCAUCUCUUGGUUACUGAAUAUAAGGGUAGCUUCCACUUAUUUCAAGAAGCCUAUAAUAGAGCAGUACACAUGAGAACAUUUUUAGAUCUUUCUGUGUUUGACUGUUUUCAAUCAAUUGAUAUUGAAAGCAAUCCUUGGUUAUUACGACAACGAUUGAGAGUUUUGUCAUUUUAUUCAUUUACUAUAGAGUCAUUGCCUGAUUCAAUAGGUGAAUUGAUUCAUUUGCGUUAUUUGAAUCUUUCUCGCACCCCUAUUGUGGCAUUGUCUGAGUCAAUAUGUAAAUUAUACAAUCUCCAAACCUUGAAGUUGAGGAAUUGUACAAAACUUGAGAUGCUUCCGAGCUGCAUGCAUGAUCUUGUGAACCUGCGCCACCUUGAUAUUCGAGGUGCUUCUUGUCUGAAAGAGAUGCCGAAAAGAAUGAGCAAGUUAAAGCAUCUAAACUUCUUAAGCUACUAUAUCGUCGGCGCGCAAGAAGAGAAUGGGAUAAGAGAACUGGGAUCGCUGGACAAUCUUCAUGGCUCAUUUUGCAUUUCCAAGUUGGAGAACGUCAAGAAUAGUGGUGAAGCUUUGGAGGCAAAAAUGGGUAACAAGAAGCACAUCAACACCUUAAAAUUGAAAUGGGUUCCAGAUGGUGACAUUGAUGAUGUUCAAACUGAGAGAGAUAUACUUGACAAGUUACAACCUCAUCCAAACUUGGAAAAGUUAUCAAUUGAGGGUUAUCGGGGUGAAACAUUCCCAGAUUGGUUAGGCCUUUCGUGCUACUCCAAUAUGACCAAAUUGAGGCUGGAUCGUUGUAUGAAUUGUUAUGAGCUUCCUUCAUUGGGACAGUUACCCUCUUUACAGCAUCUGGAGUUUUCUGAUCUUGAUGGGUUGGAGAAAAUUGGUUUAGAGUUUUACAACAAAAACAAUGCAUCAUUUCAGCAGGAGACACCCUUCAAAUCUCUUGAAACUCUGAAAAUUGUAAAUAUGUCUAGUUGGCGGGAAUGGCAUUUUCCUGAUGAGUUUGAUGGUUUUCCUAAGCUUAGAAUCCUUUCAAUAAAAAGUUGUCCGGUGUUAAAGGGAGGUCUGCCUGCUCACCUUCCGGCUCUGGAGGAACUUACCAUUGUUGAAUGUGAAGAGCUUGCUUGUUCGCUGCCGAGGGCUCCCAACCUUCACCAAAUACAUGUAAAGGGUAAUAGGUCUUCUACAUAUGCGACACGAGGGCACAAGGUAGUAAUUGAAGAAACCCAGCUGGCAAAAUCCGUUAUGGAGUGUCUACCCCACAUCCAACCGCCACUUAUCCAACAUCUGGAAAUCAGUAACGUUUGGUCAGCGAUAUCAAUUUCAGAAGAUUAUUUGCCCGCUUCGUUACAGUCUCUGGAAAUCUUUUAUUGUUCAAAAUUAACAUUUUCAGAGCAACUGCAGCACAAGUCGCUAACGAAGAUAUCUGUAGUGGGGUGUCAUUCGCUGAAGUUGCUUCCAUUGUGGGACUUUCCAAAUCUCAAGAAUCUCAAAGUCAGUGUAUGCCAAAGAGUGGAAUAUGUUGAGGUGCCACAGGCUCUUCCAGGUCUCCGUUAUUUAAGCAUCUCAGACUGCCGCAGUUUAGUAUCCUUGCCGGCACUAGGGUUGGCUGCGCCUCACCUGGAGGAGCUGCAUCUAUGCAAUUGCCCAGAAAUCAAUUGUUUUGCUGACGAGUGCCUCCCGGCGAGUUUGAAAACUCUUAAAGUCAAGCAAUGCGAGAAACUAGCGAGGUGGAUAACAUCAAAGGGUUUGCAGAGUCAAUUUACUUCUCCCAUACUGGUCACAAACAAGUUCUAACCUUGGAAAAUUGCAACCUUUAUUGAAUUUAGGGUCAAAUUUCUGCUGAUCUUGGAGGCAAAGCAAAGACAACCGAGUUCACCAAUGCAAUUAUUGAUUCACUGCUCAAUGCAGUGUUAUGGCCUUGAGAGGGUUGGAGUCUCUUACACUUCUAAAAUGCACUUUGAUUGAUAACCCUCUUUAGUCCAUUUUGCUAUUCUUUGUCAAUAAUAUAGUUAAAUAAAUGAAGUACCAUACACAUGUUUCAUUCAUUCUU